ACUGGUCAGCUGCUGCGGCAGGAUUCUCUCACAAAUAUCCCUCAGUGGUAAACAAACUGGUCAAGAGCAAAUUAUGGGUCUUGGUAAGCCUGGAAGAAAUGUUGUCAUCACAGGAGGAGCAGUACUAGGAGCAGUGGGUGCUGUGGCCCUGGCUACUGCGGCUUUGGGUGCCAUUGGCUUCACCUCAUCUGGGAUAGCAGCAGGAUCCUUUGCUGCAAAAAUGAUGUCUUCUGCAGCCAUCGCCAAUGGAGGAGGGGUGGCAUCAGGAAGCCUGGUGGCAAUUCUACAAUCUGCGGGAGCUGCUGGUCUGUCAGAAACUGCCGUCAUGGUUGUGGGAAGCAUCGGAGGAACCAUUGGAGCUGGUGUUGUCGCCACUGUGGACUGGCUCUCAAGGAUCUGCCAGAGAAGAAAGGAGGAAAAAAAGAUGGAAAUCACAAACGUCAUUAUCGCUGGCAUCGCUGCAGUGUCUCUAAUUACAUGGUUGAAAAGCAAAUGAUCAUUAUUGUUGUCUCAGCAUUGGUGACCUCAUUUUAUACAUUUCAUCUGGUUGUCAAAAGAGCAAGACUGGUGUCACCUUUCUAUUUAACUGGUUAUGCAGUGCUACAAAAAAGCUGACUUUUAGAAACUUUUAUUUAUUUCUUAACAUUACCUUGAAAAAGGUAACAAAUGCUCCAAGAUGUUUUAUUAUUUUGACAUGUUGUACCACAAAUUUAAAUGUUCAGUUGGGAUUUUAUGAGAUUUACCAAUACAAACUAGUUUCUUGUAAGGAGGAACCUGAUUCAUUGAGUGCUAAUAUUAAAAAGAACUGAAGUUGUAUUCAC